AGAAACAAAUAAAAUUGACUUUCAAAAAAAAAAAAAAUGAUAUAACGGGGCCCCUUAAAUAUUAGUAUUUCACAUUAUAAUCCCAAUAUUUUAAAUAUUUACUAUAAGCACCCCAAACUAAGGAAACAGUGAAUGGGUGGCUCAUACUGUUUCCCUUAGUUGCUAAAAAUUGGGAGCCAUGAACAACACGAGUGGCUCUACAACUCUAAACUAAACUAACCCAUUUCAGGUUCUGCUCUUCCAUGGCUUCCCUACUCACUCCACCUCCGUCUCUUCUUCUCCAACCCAAGGUAAACCCCAGGGGUUUGAAGAACACAUCUACGAACCCACCAUCCAAACUUUUCAACCAGAAUAAUUUGAGAAGUGUUAAGGGUCAUGGGCUAUGUUUCGUGACUAAAGCUAAGGUGGCUUUUGAAGGAGAUGUUAUAGAGAAACAAUCUGUUCAAGUCAACGACAGCAAUGAUUAUGGAGUUGUUAGUGUCCACCAUGUUGGAGUGUUGUGUGAGAACUUGGAAAGGUCACUAGACUUUUAUCAGAAUAUUCUUGGCCUUGAAAUAAACGAAGCAAGGCCACAUGACAAGCUUCCUUACAGGGGUGCCUGGUUGUGGAUUGGUUCUGAAAUGAUUCAUCUGAUGGAGCUUCCAAAUCCUGACCCUUUGACUGGAAGACCUGAGCAUGGAGGCCGUGACCGCCAUACUUGUAUUGCUAUUCGAGAUGUGUCUAAGCUGAAAGCAAUCUUUGACAAAGCUGGUAUUCCUUACACACUUAGCAAGUCAGGGAGGCCAGCAAUAUUUGCUCGAGAUCCAGAUGCUAAUGCUUUGGAAUUUACACAAGUGGAUAAUUAAUUAUAACACAAUUUCAUACCACCAAACUUGUAAGUUAUUCAUUUCAGAAAGAAAAGAAAAAAAAACUUGUAAGUUAUUGGCUGCGGAGUUGCUUUAACUUUUAAGGCAGCAAAUGGGGUUGUACAGAUAAUUAGAUAUAUAAAUAAAUACAAAUGUUAUUUACUUCACAGGAAAAUAAAAUAAAA